UGGCCAAAACAAUAGUAAGUAGAGAAACUCGUAGACGUUCCUCCUCGCAAUUGUUUUUGCGCUGUUGUUAUUUGUUUAUCUUUCCGUUUCUUUCAAUCCCGACACGUUUCGACGAACCGUGUCUCGGUUUCGUUGACGAAGACGUCAAAGCUUCCGUCGCACACACGUUUUCCAUUGUUUUUCUGGGCUUUCAGUGCGCAGUGAAUAAAGUGAUGUUAUCGUCGUUAUCGUGGGCUUUAUCAGUCGCGAGCCCGUGCCUAACUCAAUGAAUGCGACUCAUCAUCGUAUCGCGAUAAUCAACAAAUGGAUAACGAGAAGAAAACGGCCGAUCGCGAAUAUUUCGGGCUGCUCCACAUGGGCGACGAUCUACUGAUUACGGGUGACGAGAUCUAAGAGCGCGGAGCGGACCGGGGGCUUGUCGUGUAGAGCAGACGAUGUCCUCAACGAUGGCGCAUGAAACGACGAUAUCGGACUUGACGGAAUUGGACAGCGACGGGUCGAGUUGCGGGGAGCGCGGCGACGCCAGGAAACGUCUCCGCGUCGACGUCGACUCGACGGGGCCGAAGAAGAGGCGGAAACAAACGACGCCCGUAAGAUUCUCCUCGACGCAGACGGCCGGCCUGCACGAGGAGUCGAACGAGGACGAAGAGGAGGACGAGGACAGCGAAGGUAAGCUGUCGACGCAGUCACCCGUACCGAGCCGGUCGUCGACGCGCGGCGACGAGAACCUGAAUAACGAGUUCCGUUGCCAGUAUUGUAGUCAGUUUUUGGACAGCGAGGCUGCGUUGCACGCGCACAUUGACAACGAGCACGGUGCCGCGGUUCGGCUAGCCGGUCCCAAUCGAACCGGCUCGCCGAGCAACGUGGUCAAGGCGGAACCGCCGCAGCAACCGGACCAAUCCGAGAACCCCGUGAACCUGCUCAGCGUAAAGAGCUUUGCGACCAAUUGGCUAGGCGCGACAGGGCAACACGUGCAAUCGCAGAUGCAGGCGCAGAACGAGGAGCUAUGGCCGAGUCCCGUGAACCAGCUCUCCGCGUUACCGAAUCACUUGCAAGCCCUUCAAGCGGGGUUCCCCGGCGCGUUGACGCAGUAUCUACCUUUGCCCGCGUUCCCGCUAACCGAUUCCAGUCACAUCGUCCGCCCGCCGAUGGGCCAAGCGCCGAUGAGGAUCUUCAAUCCGGACGCGUACUGCGACCUGUGCAAUAAAGAGUUCUGCAACAAGUAUUUCCUCAAGACGCACAAGGCCAACAAGCACGGGAUCUACGUCGACUCGCCCGGACCCAGCACGGCGGACAACAACCUCGCUGGAAGCCUCUAUCCAGCAAGCUUUCCGAACAGCAUGGUCAAGCUGGAGCCGCCCGUGACACCGCCCACGCCCAGCGUGGCCUGCGAUCUCUGCCAGAAACGUUUCAAGAACGAGGACUCGGUGCGCAAGCACAAGCAGAAGAUGCACAUCGAGCAGCAACCGGACCAGUCGCAAGAGGCGCAGAUCGCGUUCUCGCAGAACGAAGAAGACAGAGAGACCCCGAGGAACAGUCCUGGCGGCAUGGAGACCCUUUUCAAACAGGAGUACGGAAUGGAGCAGGAAGACGCGACGUUCGUGCCGGCGCCCAGACACCUAUCGCCUCAAUCGAUUCAGCAGGCAAGGGACGCCGGAUUUAACGCCGAUCGGCUGCGUCGUUUAGGGGUCAUAAAUCCGGAAGCGUUUUGCGAGAUAUGCUGUAAAGAGUACUGCAAUAAGUAUUUCCUGCGCACGCAUAAAAUGAAGAGGCACGGCAUCGUCGUUCAGGAGAACGAGAAGUCCCCGAGCAACCCGGGGUCCGCGGCUACCUGGCAUCAAGUACAGACCAGCCCUUUGAACCUGAUCGUGGCGGAGAGCGCGUGCAGCACGGAGUCGAAUGAACGGGCGGGGGAGGAUUACGAGUGCAAGACCUGCGACAUACGGUUUCAGACGAUCGGUUUGUAUCAGGCUCACUGUCGGAAGAUGCACGAGAGCGAGGAGCAGCAGUCGCCGAAACAGGAAAGCGACCUGGAGCAGCAGGACCAGCGCAACGACUCCAUCUCCGAAGACCUCCAGAAGUUGCAGACGAUGCUGCUGCAGCUGAACGGACUGAAGUCCGGCAAGGGCAUGUGCUGCGCCGUCUGCGGCAAAGAGUGCGACUGCAGAGCAGCCUUGCACGUUCACAUGGCGACGGAGCACGGCACCAUCGGCGAGGACCCCGGGUCCUCGCCGCAGGAUAAAUCACCCGUGACGACAGUUUCCUCCUUCUGCAGCUUGUGCGGAAAAGACUAUCUCAACCAAGACGCUCUCCGAAGACACAUCGCCGAGGACCAUCAACCGGCAAUCUCGACUUCCGUUCCCCACACACCCACCACCACAGCCACGGUCACCAAUACGACACCGACCAGCCAGACGCCGACCGAGAAGAAGGUGAUGUCGAUGACGCCGACGUCGAGCUACUGCGAGAUCUGCAACAAGGAGCUGUGCAACAAGUACUUCAUGAAGACGCACAUGCAAAGGAUGCACGGUAUCGAGAUCGAGAACGGGGCCCAGAUCGGCGGAGUGAUCUGCAACAUCUGCAACAAGGAGCUGUGCAGCAAGUACUUCUUGCGUGUCCACAAGCACAACACGCACGGGAUCGUGGACGAGAACACGCCCAGCUCGACGAAGCAGGAGGCUCAAGAGCCGCCUAAUGCGGACGACGCGUUGAAGCCGGAGCAGCUCGGCGAUCUCAGUCACAGAUACUUCACGCACUUCACCGAGGUCUGUCCAAUUUGCAACAGAAGGUUUCGCAGCAUAAAGUGGCUGAAGGCUCACUUGAUGGGCGACCACGGGAAGAUGGGCAUCGACAAGUGGCGCGAGAUGGAACAGCAAUAUCAAGCUACGAAAUCCGGGAACCGUGUAUCAAACGCCUCGAAGAACGCGCAGAACUCGAAUUUGAAGAUACCAAAUGGAUUCGAUAUUCCGCAGCAGAUCAAGUCGGCGGAGUACGCCGGCCUGGGCAAUCGAGUGCUGUCGAAUUUGCUGGGAUCAUCCUCGGAGGACCAGCAGCUGAAAAGCUACCGUUGCUCUUAUUGCAAUUUCACGACGACCGUGUUGCCGUUCCUUUUCCUGCACGAGCGGUCCCACGUGAACGCUCAGGAGAGCACGGAGGUCGAGAAAUCGUUGCAGUGUCCGAUCUGCUCGCAGGGCUUUCAUCAGCCCGAGAUGCUGCAUCAACACCUGCUCACGGCGCAUCAGUUCCCCGCGCUCCUGUCUCACUUUCAACCGCCUGUUCUCGGCAACUUGGGCCUGGACAUGGAGAAGCUGGUCGAAGUCAAGGAGAAGUUCGAGCAGGAAACGAAAGACGAGCGCGCGAGGAACAGUCCGCAAGUCACUGCCAUUCAAACGAUCCCGGAAUCGAUCAGGAACCAACGACAAGAGGACACGGCGGUCCAGGUGACACCUCAAGGUGUGUACAAGUGCGCGCAGUGCGGCUACGCGACGACCAAUCUGAACAGGAUCAAGAAGCAUGUCAGGAAAGAUCACAAGGCGAUAGGCGAUCCCACGGACAGCGUGCUGGCCGAGCUGAGCAGGACGCUGAAGGACGUCGCGAACAGACACAAGAUGCCGGCCUGCUACGCGAUGCCCCAGGACAUGAACUCGAACCCGGACAAAACGAUCAUGCAGCCGUUUUUAAUCGAGGAACAGGAGAUUACGCAAUCCGGCGACGAGUCCGGCUCCGAGAAACGAUUCGCGCCGGCCUUGGUCUAUUUGCCGGUGAAAUCGCGGAUCAGCAACGCGCUGACCGCCUCCUUCACCCUGAGCCCCGCUUGAGAUCAUCGAACCGCGAUCCCCUUCGGCAUUUCCUGGACCCGUUUCUGCGUCUGCGAUUUGAGCACGUGUUAUUCGUUCCUAUUUAACGUGUAAGGUAAUAGUUAGCGAAAGUUUAUAUAUAUUUUUCAUAUACGCGGCUCCACCGGAGUCCCAUUUUAUCAAUUGUUUAGUGUACGCGUGUCUUGCUGCACCGAGAAUAGCGCGUAUACGGUGACCUCGGACGCGAAACAUGGUUUUUGAUAUUCACUAUUUAUUUAUUUACACAAAACGGCCCGCCAGACGACAGUUUCCAGCGUGGUGGACGAACAUUCUGGGAUGUGUGCUUUUCAGAAGAUUUUAUUAUUAUUAUUAUUAUUAUUACUAUUACUAUUACUAUUAUUAUUAUUAUUAUUAUUAUUACUACUACUACAUAUUCAUGCGCCUGUUUGUCCUGCUUGUUUCGUGAUCUUUCGUAACGAUGAUUAAUCGAGUGUUCGAUACAUACAUAUAUAUAUAUACAAUAAUAUAAUUUAUAGACGGCCAACAGCAGCGUCUUGGAUCGGUUCGCACUCCGACCAAUGUCGGUGGACGAUAGAAGGGUUCCGCGUUUGAAAACCACGUUGUUAAUUCUGUUCUAGUUCGGAACGUUAUAUUGUAAAUAGUUGAUGGUAUAACGUGAAAGGACGAUAGAGAAAGUUCCUAUUUUAAACGCGACGAACCUCCAAUGAGCACGCGACCGUAUCUUCUACCUGUCGGGCAACGAUAAUGUCCUUUGUUCGUUUGCAAUUCGCCUCGUAACGCCAGUUUUGCUUUUGCUCAAAUCCAGAAAUUACGUGUACGCAGGCGGGAACAAAAGGGAACGCAUGGAAGCAAAGUAGAAUACGCGAUCACUUCUUCAUUUUCGCAAUCGUGCUAGUCAAUACACAUACAUACUAUGUAGAAACGAAAGAGCGAACGAAGGGGGGGGGGGGAGAUUUAAAGAGGUAUUUAUAAAAUAUACGUAAGGUACGAUAAACGAGGAAUAGAAAAGGUGAAAACAGAGAAAAUAACCUUACGACAGAACGAGAUGAAAAAUUAUAAUUGCCGGACUGCGGAAGUUUACGACCAUUCACGCAUCUGCGAGCGGGUUAAAGGAAACUGGAAAAUCAAAUUCUAGUUGCUCCGCGAAUGGCUUCGAUAAACUCGAAAUCAAAUAAAAUCAUUCUCGCUAUUCUGCAUCGGAGCCGGUAUUUUAUGCAUAUUUUUAAAUUUUUACUGAAUAUUCUAUUCUCUCCGCUAAUAGAUGCAGCAGAUUGAAAAUAAAAUCGGUUCCAGUUGAGCUGGUAUCGAACGCUGCGAGUUAUAAAUUUCGGAAGAUUUUAAUCGAUUACAAACUGCAUAAAAUUCCGCAGUCUAGUAAUUAUUGUCGUGCGCCAGCAGCAGACUUAAUCUACGGUUACAAUAUUUAGAUAUCAACGUGCAGGGAGAAAGAGCGAGAGAGCGAGCGAGAGAGAGAGAGUGAGAGAGAGAGAGAGAAUGCAAGAGAAA